AUGGAUGAUUGCUUUGAUUGUGCUAGCAACAUUGCUGGUCUUAGCCAUUGCCAUUGGCUUGCUCGUGUAUUUUUUGAUAUAUGUCCAGCGAAUGGUGGUGUCCUGGCAGAUGUGGUGCUGAUAUUUAAGUUCAUUGCCACAGAUAAUAAAGAGAUACUUUGGACAAAUGUUUAUCAUAUUUUGCUGAAAAGGCUGAAGGUAUCAACAUGGCCCUUAAGUAUUGACCUUUCUUCUUACAAGCUCUCAGAGAUAAAUGCAGAAAAUGGUGCAAAUCUUCUCAACAGUUCAGGUUGUGGGACACGACUGGACAGAUCCGUGGAGAGAAUCUAUGGAGGAACCAUUGCAGGGGAAGGAGAAUGGCCCUGGCAAGUUAGUCUCCAGCUGAAUGGCAUUCACCGUUGUGGAGCAACGCUGAUCAGCAGCUCUUGGAUUGUGACUGCUGCUCAUUGUUUUAGAGGUGUCAAGGAUGUCAGAAGAUGGACAAGUAGUUUUGGGGCUCGUAUAAGACCUCCAACAAUGAGAAGGAAUCUUCGCCAGAUCAUCAUUCAUGAGCAUUAUGCUAAUAAUGUCAUGAACCAUGAAUUUGAUAUUGCUGUUGUGCAGAUUUCACCCCCAGUGGAAUUUACAACUGCUGUACAUCGUGUUUGUCUUCCAGAGGCUUCAUAUAUUUUUCCAGAAAAUAUCACUUGUGUUGUUACAGGAUAUGGUGCUCUGAGAGAUGACGGUCCCAGUGUUGGUGAACUUCGUCAAACAGAAGUGAAAAUUAUAGGCAAUGAAAUUUGCAACAGAAGGGAAGUGUACAAUGGAGCCAUUUCACCUGGAAUGCUCUGUGCUGGUUACCUGGAAGGAGGGAGCGAUGCUUGUCAGGGUGAUUCUGGUGGACCAUUGGUUACACCUGAUUCAAGAGGAAUAUGGUACCUUGUUGGCAUAGUAAGCUGGGGAGAUGAAUGUGCUAAGCCAAAUAAGCCUGGAGUCUAUACACGAGUUACUUACUAUCGAGACUGGAUUGCUUUCCAUACAGGAGUCUGAAAUAAAGAGAAGGAGUAACUUCAUAGUUAAUGUAUAAGA